AUGGCCGAUACCAGCACGGAUUUAUUUUCACAUUCGCUUCCCACCAUGGAUUCCAAAGACGGGAAUAACCAAAGGAGCCCCCAUCAUGAUGACAUUAAGGAGUCCAGAUUCGAGGCCAUGAAUUCGAUGGCGUCUUCAGACCAUCAAGUCAAUACCAACAUUGCCAAAGAAAACGAUGAUGGAGAAAUCAACAAUGAACAAGGAGAUACUGAUGACAUUAGUGUCCAUCGACAUACUGGUUGA